AUGUGUGACGACGAUGCUGGAGGUCUAGUUGUUGAUAAUGGAUCCGGAAUGGUCAAGGCGGGUUUCGCUGGUGAUGACGCACCGCGUUCCGUGUUUCCCUCGAUCGUUGGUCGUCCCCGCCAUCAAGGUGUGAUGGUCGGUAUGGGUAAUAAGGACUCUUACGUCGGUGAUGAGGCUCAAUCCAAACGUGGUAUUCUUACUCUUAAAUACCCGAUCGAGCAUGGAAUCAUCACUAAUUGGGAUGAUAUGGAAAAGGUUUGGCAUCACACCUUCUACAAUGAGCUGCGUGUGGCCCCAGAGGAACACCCGAUCUUGCUGACUGAAGCACCGCUGAACCCGAAGGCUAACCGUGAAAAGAUGACUCAGAUUAUGUUUGAAACUUUCAACUCGCCUGCCAUGUACGUCGCCAUCCAGGCUGUGCUGUCCCUAUAUGCUUCCGGUCGUACCACCGGUAUCGUCCUGGAUUCUGGAGAUGGUGUUUCUCACACUGUCCCAAUCUACGAAGGUUAUGCUCUGCCACACGCCAUCCUCCGUCUGGACUUGGCCGGUCGUGAUCUAACCGCAUACCUAAUGAAGAUCCUAACUGAACGCGGCUAUUCCUUCACCACCACCGCUGAGCGUGAAAUCGUUCGUGACGUCAAGGAAAAGCUGUGUUACGUUGCUUUGGAUUUUGAGCAGGAAAUGGCUACUGCUGCUGCUUCUACCUCGUUGGAGAAGUCCUAUGAACUUCCAGACGGUCAGGUCAUCACCAUCGGAAACGAGCGUUUCCGCGCCCCAGAGGCCUUGUUCCAGCCAUCCUUCCUAGGAAUGGAAGCUGUUGGUGUCCACGAGACUGUGUAUAACUCAAUCAUGAAGUGCGAUGUCGAUAUCCGUAAGGAUCUGUACGCCAACACUGUUAUGUCCGGUGGUACCACCAUGUAUCCAGGUAUUGCUGAUCGUAUGCAGAAGGAAAUUACCGCCCUGGCCCCAUCGACUAUCAAGAUCAAGAUCAUCGCACCUCCAGAACGUAAAUACUCCGUCUGGAUCGGUGGAUCCAUUUUGGCUUCCCUGUCUACCUUCCAGUCGAUGUGGAUCUCAAAGGAAGAAUACGACGAAUCCGGCCCAUCCAUCGUUCAUCGCAAAUGCUUCUAAGUCUGAUGACGAACACACCAAAAAUGGCAGUAGCAUCAGCACCAACACCAGCAAGCAUCGAAAUCCUUUUUAUUGUGUACCAUCACCAUGCAAUACUAUCUAGAUUAUUAUUUUCAUGUGAUUUUUUUAGCGAAUGAAGGACAAAUAAUAAUAAAUUAAAAACAGACUCUCGUAAGAUCGAAAAAUAAUAUCAAAUGUGCUAUAAAAUGGCGUUUAAAUUGCUCAUUAUGAUCGAUAAAUCUUCCAAUAACUGUUUAAGAAGAACGUAACAAAUAUAGUUUUAAUAGCAAAUGAGGGGAAAACACUA